GCUCAUUGGCAGCCAUCUAGUUUUCGCGAUAAAUUCACAAAGCACCUUUGUUAAUAGGAAAGUAGUUGCUCUUAAAUCGAUUUUCUUGUUUAUCACACCUGGAGGCAUCGGGAGGAUAAGCACAGGUUUAUCGAUCGACAGCAGCAGGAAAACAACAUUUAUAACCCGGAACGAGAGGAAGAAAGACCCUAUCGACAUUUUUGUGCAGUGUUAGGUGAAAGCCAACUUUAACCGUUCAGCUUAAAUGUCAGAACUCCAGUCUUCGUUGCUGCUGAAAAAACAGUUGGCAGAACUUAGCAAAAACCCAGUUGAAGGAUUCUCGGCCGGAUUAAUCGACGACAAUGACAUCUUCAGAUGGGAAGUCCUCAUUAUCGGACCUCCAGACACGUUAUAUGAGGGCGGUUUCUUCAAGGCACACCUGCAUUUCCCGAAGGAAUACCCUCUGCGGCCACCACGAAUGAAGUUCGUCACAGAGAUUUGGCACCCGAACAUCGAUCGCAAUGGUGACGUUUGCAUCAGCAUCCUGCAUGAGCCUGGCGAUGACAAGUGGGGCUACGAAAAGGCGUCCGAGCGCUGGCUGCCGGUGCACACAGUAGAGACCAUCUUAAUAUCAGUGAUCUCGAUGCUGGCCGAUCCGAACGACGAGUCGCCGGCGAAUGUCGAUGCAGCAAAGGAAUGGCGAGAGGCGUAUCCCGAGUUCAAGCGGAAAGUAGCAAGAUGUGUUCGAAAGAGUCAAGAGGAUUGUUAGUAGGAUUUUUAAAUGUCUUAUAUUUAUUAAUUAAUUAUUACUACAAUGAGAACAAAAGAAUACGAUAAUGAA